ACGACAACCAAUCACGUUCAGCACCCCACCUCCUUGAACCACAACGACAGCGUCAACGGACUACACUACUACUCCUCCCAAAGUCAACAUCAAUAACAAACCGAACAGAGAUAAACAAAUAAUGCCAACAGUCAUGGGCCUAACCACCGACUCCUCCUCCAAAACCACCACCACCCUCGGCAACCAAGACCUCAAAAAGCCCAACGGCGGCUCCCGCCUCGACACCAUUUCCAAACGCAACCACCACGCCGCCAAAGAAAUCGAGACCCUCUUCUGGCGAUGCUUGUGCGACGACCCCUCCGCCGCGCCCGAAUACAUGGCCGAGGACUGCAUCCUCAUCAACCCUCUCUUGUCAUCGCACCCCUCCACCACCCCGCUAUCGAAAGACAGCGAGCCGAACAUACUCGAGGUAUUCGAAAAGGCCGAACCGUGGGCUGGGUUCCGGUUCCAUGGCGAUCCGCUGGUGGUGGAGAUUGAUUUGAUGGCGGUGGCGUUGGUGUACAAGGUUAGUUUGUAUACGGUUGACAAAAAGGGCAAGGGGACGAGGGAGGUGGUGGCUAGUGUUAGUAGUAGUUGGAGGCAGACGGCGGGGGCGGAUUGGGUUUUGGUGGCGCAUCAUUGUCAGUAUGUUGAUGAUGAGUGAGUGUGGUCAGUUGGUGGAGGAGAGGGAAGGGAAGGGAUGGGAAGAAAAGGGGAGGAAUUACGAUAGGGGUUCGAUAUGGCUGAUGGAGUUUGUUGGGGGGUUCUGGUUGUGGAUGUGGAAAGCGGAUGGGUUUUCUGUGUUUUUAUUUGUUUGCUUGGUUGUCCCAUGAUGAUGAGUCUAUGAUAGGAAGCUAUGGGUUCGGAUGUUAUGUCCGUCUGUAAUUACAUCUGUAUACUUGAUGGGCUCCCUCGCGUAUGUCAAUACCUACCUAAUGCCGU